AUCACCUACCAAAGAUCAGUAGUCAUCUUUGAAUCUGUAUCGAAUACUAUUAUUUUUAAUUUUAGUUUCGGUUUUGCAUUCGCCGGGAUAACAGCGGAAUAUAUUUUUUAAAUAAUAUUAAAAAUAUGUUUUGUUAGUUUUGUAAAAAUUCCUGUACAAAAAUGUCUUGGCGAGGUCGUAAAUUAUUGGGAAGUUACUCGUGUUUAGUGGUGUUAUUGAUCAAGUUUUGGUGCUUCACUGUAAUAAGUGCUGAAGAAGGAAAUUUUGAUCACUUGAUAAUUGAUUCACCCCAGCAACCUGAUCAAAUCGAUCAAACAGACGCAGCCAGCAAUGCCUAUGAAGCACGGACCUACACCCAGCCCUGUUCCGGACUAAGCCAAUGUGUUCCUCUAUCUGAAUGUUCAUCAAUGUUUGUAAGUAUCGCGAAAAGUUGCUAUUCAGGAGAUAGAUCAAUGUUUUGCGGUGGUUCGGAUGAUGUUCCACACGUAUGCUGCCCUUCGAGCCCUCUGGAGCGUAAUCAAGUGUGUGGGAAGAGUUUAGUCCAAGGACAGUUUUACCGAGGUUUAGGCACGUUUCCGUUUAUCGCUCGGAUUGGUUUCAAAAAUGUUAACACAGGUAGUAUUGCCUACCCAUGUGCUGGGUCUAUUAUUUCCAGGCGGGUUAUCUUGACGGCAGCGCACUGUGCUUUGGCAAAAGCGGAUGGACACAGAUUAUCAUCAGUGCGUGUUGGGGAGUACGACCUCUCCACGGACCCUGAUUGCGCAACUACUGGAUUUUGUGCGCCGCGUUCUAUCAACCAUGCCAUCAGUCAUGUUGUGGUCCAUCCAGACUACAAGCCGGGGCAAUACCACCAUGACAUUGCACUUCUUGUACUGAAGACACCAUUGAAUUACUCAGUGGCUUGCCAACCAAUUUGCCUCAUGACAUCUCGCACGGAUCUGGUUAUUGGCAAAAGGGCGACUAUAGCCGGUUGGGGUAAGGUUUCCACGUCGACUAAACGUUCGUCCGAAAUGCAAUAUAUGGAUAUUCCCUUAACCGCUUGGGAUAUGUGCCUGAGAGUCUAUGGAAGCACCGGAGCCUUGGAUUCCCCGAAUUCCGUUGAUGGUCAGUGGAUGUGUGCAGGCGGUGAAGGCAAGGACGUUUGUCAAGGAUUUGGUGGAGCGCCGUUGUUCAUAAUGCAGGACGGGAUGUACUCGCAAAUUGGAAUAAUGUCCUUCGGAUCGGACAAUUGCGGUGGAGUGCGAAUACCGAGCGUGUAUAUUUCAAUUGCACAUUUUGCUGAUUGGAUUCAUGAUAAUACACCUAUUGAAUAGGAUGUUUGGGGAUUUCAGACUUUUAUAUAUAUGUAUAUUACACACCUUUAUGUUUACAAGUUUUGUUAUGAUAGUAACAAAUAAAGAUUUUGAUUUUUUUUAUAAUAAAUA